UCUCGCUGUGCUCGGGCAGCGGCCACGCGGCGGGACCGCGGGAAGGGAGAAGCGCGAGAGGCGAGGGGCCAGAGGAGCCCCCCGCCUCGUGCCCCCGGAGAAAAUGGCCAUAAAGCAUGGGAAGAAGAAGAAUUUUGAGAAACCUGCACAGAACAAAGUUAAAGCUACUAGCAGUGAGAUUAUUAUAAUAAAUGACAGUGGUGAUGAUAAUGGGCAUUCUGAUUUACCUGCAGAAGUCAUGGUAAAAAAGCAGCAUUCAGUAAAAGCAAACGCUUCAGACUGGAAAGGUGCAAAAAAGAAAAAGAAAAAAAUCAGGAAUGAGGCAUGUUCAGACCUUCACAUUAUAGAAAGUAAUGCAGAAUCAAAAUCAGUUAAAAAACUCAAGAAGAUACAAGGGAAACCCAAGAAAAAGGGAGACCAAGGACUUUCUUGUGAACCAAAUUGUGAGGUUCAUAGUGAAGGGGUGUCGGAAGAACAGCAGGAAGAACAGCAGGGGAGCAGUCUUCUUACCAGGGAGGCACACAAAAGAGAUAUUCUAAGUGGCCAUGGCUAUUAUAAUGACUUUACCACAAAGAAGAAGAAAAAGAGGAAACAUAAACCUGAUUGCUUCUCAGUGUUACAGGGUGAAGAAAAUGAGAAUAAAUUUAAACAACGGAUCUCCCCAGUCUCAGAAUCUGUUUCCCAGGAAAUGUUCUCCAAGAAAAAAUGGACUUCCUUCCAGAAUGCUGACUCUGAUACUGGCAAGAAAAAGAAAGUUGCCAGCUGUUUAAUAUCCACAUGCAAUCGGGAAAGUAGUAAUGGAGUUUCAGAUAAAAGCAUUGUCCCUGGGUACCAAUCGCAAGAAAGCCUUGGUUUCAAGGGCAAAACUUUAGAUUGUACACAACUUCAAAAGGAUACAGCCCACAUAUCCAAAGAAGAAAACAAAGUGAUCAAGAAGAAGAAGAAGGUGAAGAAACAAAAAGUUGCAUUCCCUUUUGCUUUAGCCAGUAAGCAGGAAAAUCACUCAGGUGCUUCCAGUGAAAAUCUUAAAAAAGCCAAAUUUAAAAAAAAGCUAAUUGCUGGUGUGGAAAAAUCAGAUCUGAUUCUGGACUCUAAGGGAGCCAGCAAAAUAAAGAAAAGGAAGAAAGUCCAGGCAGAAGUUGUAAGGAGUCAGCCCGCUCUUUCGCUAGAUGGUAACAAUGUGUUGACAAAUGAGGGAGAGUCUGCAAAGAAGAAAAGGAAAAAGAAAAUGAAAAAAUCCAAAGGGGCACAAAAUAGUAUGCGAAAGGAGGAAGAUGGCAGCAAGCAGAGCGUCAAGAAGAGGAAGGCUGGGCAGAAAGGAGGCUUCCAAGACUCUUCAGAAGAGCCCAGUUUGAAGAAAGCAAGGAUAAAACUAGAAGCAAAGGAAGAAGAGGAAAUAAAAGUUGUGGCAUUUAAGAAAGGAAACUGUGAUGAAAUAAAUAUAGAUAAGCUGAGACGGCAGGCCCUCCAAGAAGAGAUUGACCGGGAAUCAGGCAAAACACAAGUCAGCAAAGAGGAGGACGAAUCGAAUUUUGGCCAGUGGAGUACAGCAGAGUUUGAAAGUUCGGAGCAAAAAACUAAGUUCCUAAGACUGCUGGGUGGAUUUAAAAAAGGUUCUUCAACAACUCAAGAGUCUGUGGCCCCAAAGCUGAACAUGGCUCUGGACAAAAGCCGAGAGCAAAAUCUGCAGCGGAAUCUACUGGCAGCGUUUGAGAAGGCAGUAGAUUUGAAGCACCACAGAGGCAUCGGCCUUGGAUUUCAGCCUGCUCCUCAGAAGCAUGUGCACAUAGAUAAAUAUGCUUCAAAAUCUAUCAAAUUUGAGGUGUAAAAUUUGAGGUGGAAAGCAAAAAAGGCUUCGGCAAGGGGCGGCAUAGAAAUGUUCUAAUAAUAAUAAUAAAAAACGGGGGGAACUUGAAA